AAUGAGCCAGAUCUGUUCACAGUACUCCAUGUGGGGUCUAACCAGGGUUCUGUAUAACUGCAAUGUAACUUCUUCAUCCCAGUACUCCAGUUCUCUUGACAUAAGGCCGGCAUUCCAUUAGCUUUCUUGAUUAUUUUCUGCACCUAUCAUGACAUUUUAAAGAUCAAUGCACCCAAAUGCCCAAGUCUCUGUGGACAUCACCGUGUUUAACUUCAUACCAUCUGGAAAAUACCCUGAUCUAUCUUUUAAAUUAAUAUCACAUUAUCCAUACCUAGGUUCUUAUGUGUGAGGGAUAACAGAAGCAUCGCUGCUGAAGGCAAAACUCGUAUCAGCUUCUAUUUUAACUCGCUUAAUCUAAAUUACUGUUGUAUCAAGAUCUAUUUGUAAUUUUUACCAGGUUUUAUUUCUCGAAACUGCACAAGUGAGGGGUGGUCUGAUACAUUCCCUGAAUACAGAACAGCUUGUGGAUAUGAUAUGGAUGAUACCACAAAUGAUGCCAAGGUGUGUAUGUAGUAACACAAAUAUGCCAGAGUGAACACAUCCAGCAUCUCAUGUGCUCUAAUGAUUGUUUCAUGACUGUUUGUUCAGUUUUGUUCAUGGAAUCGAAUUGUAUAUGCAUUUGCAAAGAUAUCAAUGACAUAGAUAACUAAAUCAAUGAAAAUAUGCUGAAUACAGUUGAGUUUAUUUUGAAAAUGUUAUUUGUUUGUAUUUUUAUAAAGGAAGCAUUCUACAUGAAACUGAAAAUCAUUUACACUGUGGGAAACAGCAUUUCUUUCAUAUUCCUGUUCACAGCAGUCACAAUCCUUAGCUUAUUUCGGAAGCUUCACUGUACCAGGAAUUAUAUUCAUAUGCAUUUGUUUGUGUCAUACAUUCUUCGUGCAAUUUCAAUCUUCAUAAAAGACAAUGUCCUGUUUUCCAGUGAGGAUAAGCGUCACUGCACUAUUUACCCGGUUGAAUGCAAAGUCGCUAUUGUUUUCUUCCAAUACUGUGUCCUGGCUAAUUUCAAUUGGUUGCUCAUAGAAGCAUUGUACUUGCACACACUUCUGGCGGUAUCUGCCUUUUCAGAGCAAAAAUAUUUCAGAUGGUACAUCAUUCUAGGAUGGGGCAAGUUUUACUUUGAGAAACUAAAUCUCAUAUUUUUGUAUAAUUCUAAAUCUUCUAUUUUGAGAAAACGUCCAUCCUUUUUUCCUUCAUCUAAUAGUCUGAUUUUCCCCUUCUUUUGUUGUUUUUGUUUUACAUUUUUCAUAUUCAGGUGCACCAGCAGUUUUUAUCAUACCCUGGUCAAUUACAAGACAGAUAUAUGAGAACACUGGGUAAGCCAAGUUUUCAUGUAAAUAAAACCUAGAAUCAAAAACAUUUGUUGCCCUAAAGAAACUUUCAUAUCAAACUUUCUUUAUUGCUUUACUUUGGAGGAUAAUAUUACUUUAAGUAAUAUUACUUUAAGAUAUGAUCAGCAAAACCAAAUUAUAGAUUAACAGAACUAAAACCUCCAAAGCUACAGCAUAUUUAUACAUAAGUGUAAAAAUACAUGGUACCUACAAGUGCACAUUAUGUUAAAAGUCUCCAAAUUCUUUAAAUGGUUUAGAAUUGUUUUCUCAAAUUCCAUUGAACGAUAGUGAAAUUGUUUACCAUGUUAUUUGAGAAAAAUAGUAACUAUUGCCCUCCUUACACUUUGACAAUUGUUCCUUAAUAUUUCAUUCUUAUUUCAAGUUUAGUGUCAACUUUAUAUCUAUAAUAUGCUGAUGCUAAAGGGUUGAGAGUGUGGUG